CACACUCGGCACAUUUUGAGAGCGAACUAACAAAGAUGAGUAAUUAGCAAUGCAAAUGUGAAAUUGCUAUUGCAAUUAUCUUAGAAAUGGACGGCGAAGCAGCUCCGAAUGAAUCAUCUCCGCCACUGAACAUUCUGUGUGGCAUCUGCAACGAGUUCUAUCGGGCAAACGACAUUAUAUUUUCCACUGCAAGCUGCGGCCAUGUAUUUCACAAGGAUUGCCUGACGCGCUGGCUUGGCCGUUCCCCGACGUGUCCACAGUGUCGGGCCAAUUGCCAUAGGAACCGCAUUCACCGCAUUUAUCUGAAUUUCGGUGAGCGCACGGAGCUCGACGACCAGGAGGCACCAAAGCAGCCUGUUCAAUGGGUGCCUAUGGAUCUCGACCCCCUUAGUCCCCAGGACGCACACAACGUACCGGAAGGUGCUCUUCAGUGUGGCACCGAUGAGGAUGGCCUGCCCACAUAUGUAGCCCGCGGCUACUUCAACGACGAUCUGCUGCCAGCGAGCUAUGUGCCCCAGAAGAAGGCAGCGUUUGGCUCUUGGAGCUGCCGCUCCCAUAGGCUCGUCGACGGGGUGGAAGUCCUCGUGUUGACCGACUGCGAUUACCAGUGGGUAUCUGGCUCCAAUGGAAGUUUCCCUGAAAACGCACUGAAGACAGGAUACUCAGAGAUUGGCGAGGUGACGUACACCGGACACGGAGUAUACGAAGGCGUCACGAGACUGGGAAAAGUGCAUCCCUCUCACAAGGUCAUGUACAUGCCGCACCAUGGACAGGAGGUGAACACAGCAAACUAUUACGUUUUGGUGGUUACACCUCGCGUAGAACCAGCAUCUUCAUCGUAAGAUCUCUCGCACCGAGUUUUAUAUUUAAUGUUGAAUGUGCAGGGAUAGAUAGAUGUCCCCCCAUAUAAUAAAAUACAGCUGAUACCU